UCUCCCCACGCCGUGCUGACUGCGCGCGGUGCUGAGGCGCCGCUUAUGACGUCACGGUCAUUGACAGCGUGAGGCGGCGGCCGCUGCCAUGGUGGUGAGGAGGCGGCAGGUGCAGCAUGUCUAGUUUGGGGGCCUUGGGCGGCGCCCGCGCCGGGCUGGGACUGUUGCUGGGCACCGCCGCGGGCCUUGGAUUCCUCUGUGCCCUUUACAGCCGACGGUGGAAAUGGAACCAGCGCCAUGGCCAGACCCAGACCCAGAGCCUGCCGAACUCCCUGGACUAUACGCCGACGUCCGAGCCCGGACGCCAGGUGCGGCCGUUGCGGGCAGUCCCAGGCGAGGCUGGAGAUGCUGCGGUGCUGCCCGGCCUUCCACGAGAAGGGCAGGAGGAGGUGCUGGACCGCCUGGACUUUGUGCUGACCAGUCUAGUGGCACUGCGGCGGGAGGUGGAGGAGCUGAGGAGCAGCCUGCAGGGGCUUGCCGGGCAGAUUGUUGGGGAGGUCCGAUCUCACGUGGAAGAGACCCAGAGAGUGUCUCGGCGGCGAAGGUUCCCAUUUGCCCGGGAGAGGAGUGACUCCACUGGCUCCAGCUCCGUCUACUUCACGGCCACCUCGGGAACCACAUUCACAGAUGCUGAGAGCGAAGGGGGUUACACAACAGCCAAUGCCGAGUCUGACUAUGAGCGGGACUCUGACAGGGAGAGUGACGAUGGGGAAGAUGAAGUGAGCUGUGAGACUGUGAAGAUGGGAAGAAAGGAUUCUCUGGACCUGGAGAUGGCUUCGGGUCUGGACACAGGAGCCCUGGAGGCCGGAGGCUCCCCUGGCCUGGAGGAUGUUCUGCCCCUCCUGCAGCAGGCGGAUGAGCUGCACCAGGGCAGUGAGCAGGGCAGGCGGGAGGGCUUCCAGCUGCUGCUCAACAACAAGCUGGCGUAUGGAAGCCGGCAAGACUUUCUCUGGCGCCUGGCCCGGGCUUACAGUGACAUGUGUGAGCUCACUGAGGAGGCAAGCGAGAAGAAGUCGUAUGCCCUAAAUGGAAAAGAAGAAGCGGAGGCCGCUCUGGAGAAGGGGGCUGAGAAUGCUGAAUGUCACCUGUGGUAUGCAGUGCUUUGUGGUCAGCUGGCUGAGCAUGAGGGCAUCCAGAGGCGCGUCCAGAGUGGCUUUAGCUUCAAGGAGCAUGUGGACAAAGCCAUUGCUCUCCAGCCAGAAAACCCCCUGGCUCACUUUCUCCUUGGCAGGUGGUGCUAUCAGGUCUCUCACCUGGGCUGGCUAGAAAAAAAAACUGCUACAGCUUUGUUUGAAAGCACUCUCAGUGCCACUGUGCAGGAUGCCCUCCAGAGCUUCCUAAAGGCUGAAGAACUACAGCCAGGAUUUUCCAAAGCAGGAAGGGUAUAUAUUUCCAAGUGCUACAGAGAACUAGGAAAAAACUCUGAAGCUAGGCAGUGGAUGAAGUUGGCUCUGGAGCUGCCAGAUGUCACUAAUGAGGAUUCAGCUUUCCAGAAGGAUCUAGAGGAAUUGGAAGUAAUUUUAGGAGAAUAAUCACAUUUCAGUGGCCACCACGACUUGAGGGAUACCACUCCUUAAGGGGGGAAAAAAUCAAUUCUUUUUUCCCUUAGGCUCUGCUUAGAUCAGGAAACUGAGCAAGACUGGUUAAGGGAGUGUCCUGACUCCUGGGUCUGACUGGUACCUGCUAUCAUUCUCCAAUUUCUUGACUAUUGUCCACGGAUUAAUUUAUUCUAAUCCCUUGCCUAAUCUGAAAUUGGGGAAGUACUUGUGGCUUGGGUUUCUAUUGUUCUCUCCCUUAGGUAAAUUCUUGAAAAAUCAAGACUAGCAUAGCACUUGCCCUAGGGUUGAGAGUGGGUAAGAGCACUGAGGGCUGCCUUGCAACUGCUAGUGAGGUGGAUGAACUUCAGAGAGCUGUAGGAACAAAACGCAGAACUUGUACUCUUUAAUCUUUUUCACUGAUUAAUAUUUCCACACCUUAGUCCUAAAAUCACACCCUACCUACUAGGGUAAAAGGAAGGGCCAGGGCAGUCCACUGAUAUUGCCCUCUUCUUACGUAUCAUGUGGAUUCUAAGUGUAUUCUUGGGCCAAGGGGCUGGGCCACCUGACUUCUAGAUUCCCGGCAGUUUUGGAAUGACAGCAGUGCAUAAAAGGCUUAUGAGACUGAAAGUUGCCUGGUAUAUAUUUUGGUACAAACUUGAAAUAAACCAAAUUUGACUAGAAA